AUGCCCUACAACCCGACUCGUGUCCUGCAGACCAACGAUACCCUCUACGUCUUCCGCCCCUCGUCCAAGUCGCCGACCCAGUUCCAGCUCAGCGCCAUCGAUCUAUCCUCUGCAAUCCAGUCAUCCAACCUUCCUUACAACACCCUGUACUCGACCCUGCCCUUUCUCGACGACAAUGCUCCCCGGGCCUUCACCCCACUCGUCGACACUAGCGGCAACCUGACCAUAUACGCGGGCGACUGUAGACUGGGCGCAAGUGGUGCUGAGAUAUGGACCUAUACACCACAAAAUUCAAAAGCCGGUGGAAGGGGGAGUUGGAGCCGGCAAAAUGUUACAGCAGCCGAGAGCUCGUAUGCCUCCAUCAUGGGCGCCAACUUUCUCAGCGACGGAAUGUCAUUUUCAUCGGUUGUACAAGGCAAUGCUGAAACCACGGGUGUAUACUUGUUUGGUGGCAUGUGUCCCAAUGCAACCGCCACGGCGGGCGAUUGGCAGUCUGCAGCCAACUACUCCAACCAGGUGCUUACUCUCGAACCUGCUCCGGCAAGCAAUCAGGCUCUCGGCUACCAUCUGGAUGUCUCGUCGAGUCGUGGACCACCUGUGCCAGAAGCUGGUAUUACCAUUACUGGCCUACCCCCGACAUUCUCCGACCGUAAAGAUGGUGUGCAGAUUCAGCAACAAAACUUUGUGCUGAUUGGCGGUCAUACCAGUGGCGCCUUCAUCAAUACGUCGCAAAUUGCUCUCUUUUCUCUUCCGGAGCAGAGCUGGACUUUUGUCGACGCCGCACAACCCGAUAACUCUACCACCAACUCAGCCAUGCGAAAAGAUGUAUCAACCAUCGAUCCCCGGUCCGGCCACUCCGCUGUACUCAGUCCAGAUGGACAACGCAUUAUCGUAGUCGGUGGCUGGGUUGGCGAUAUCAACACACCGGCCGAACCCCAACUCGCGGUACUAAACGUUGCUGAUGGAUAUGGGGGCAGCGGAGAGUGGCAGUGGACAGCACCAUCUACAACAGGCUCCGGUCUGCCAGCCAACUCUGGCUUGUAUGGUCACGGCCUAUCUUGCAGGCCAUGGUACACGACGGCGGGGGUGCGUGGGUUGACUUGA